AUGGCAUCUGUUUUGAAUAUGGGCGACUCAUCCAUAUAUAUUGCUGUUCUUUUGGCCGUGCCUAUCGUCUAUGCUUUCCUCAAAGGCUUAUACAACGUAUACUUCCAUCCCCUAUCCACAUUUCCCGGUCCUAGACUGGCCGCGGCGACCAAGAUCCCAAUCGCCGUUGUCUCUUGGAACGGGACCUUGUCUCACUGGCUUAGAGACCUUCAUCAACGCUACUCCACUGACGUAGUACGCAUAUCUCCCGAUGAGCUCUCCUUUAUUUCCCCGUCAGCCUGGGAAGACUUGUGCGGCCAUCGUCAGGGACGCCCCAGCUUUCCCAGGGACCUCAGGGUUUAUGCCGGGGUAAAUAGCAUCCUUACUGCAAAUGACGCUGACCACAAUCGCAUGCGCCGCCUUCUCAGUCAUGCUUUCUCUAAUACAGCACUGAAGGAACAGGAAGCCUUAAUUCGAGUCCAAGUGGAAAUCCUCAUCAAUGGUCUCAGGAAGCAGAUUGAAGGGCCGUCCAAGGGAAAGGUGGAUCUGUCCGAUUGGUACCAUUGGACCACAUUCGAUGUCAUCGGCGACCUAGCUUUUGGAGAAUCUUUCCAUUGCUUGAGUGACACAAAUUAUCAUCCUUGGGUGGCAAUGCUCAUGUCUUAUCUCAAAUUCGUCGUCUUCCUCAGCGUCACGUUACGCUUUCCCCCAUUGCAGAGACUGCUUCGUCUUUUCGUUUCCAACAAGGCGCUACAAGCCAGGGCCGAUCAUGAUAGACUGGCCGCAGAGAAGGUGGAGCGAAGGAUGAAGACCGCGACCACAAGGCCUGACUUCCUUUCCUACAUCUUGGCUCACAACAACGAAAAAGGUCGCAUGACAAGAGAAGAAAUCCACGAGAAUGUUGCAACUUUCAUCUCCGCUGGUAGCGAGACGACGGCAGCUUCGUUGAACGGCAUAACCUGGUUCUUACUGCAGAAUCGUGAUUGUUUGACAAGACUAAACGAGGAGAUUCGAGCUGCUUUCAGGACGAGAGACGAGAUCAAUGUCCAGAAGAUAGGAGAAUUGAAGUAUCUUCAAGCAGUCGUGACAGAAUCCUUCCGCAUCUACCCCUCUGCUUUGGCCGGCCAGCCACGUCGAGCCCCAGGGGAGGGUGACACCGUCAGCGGUUACUGGGUCCCGGGUGGUACCGGCAUUCAAAUCAACCAGUACGCAGCGUACCAUUCCCAUCACAACUUUUCCAAUCCCUCAGCUUUUGUCCCAGAACGCUGGCUUGGCGAUCCUCGCUUCGACUCGGACAAAAAGGAUGUCCUGCAGCCGUUCUCUGUAGGGGCGAGGAACUGUAUUGGGAAGAACCUGGCAAUGGCAGAGAUCCGCCUGGUGAUAGUUCGGAUGUUGUGGGAGUUUGACAUGGAGUUGUGUGCAGAGACUGGGUCGGAUUGGGCAGAAAAGAAGGCAUGGUUCACGUGGGACAAGAGACCUCUAUUCGUCAAAUUGGCGGCUCGAACAUGA